GGAGAGGAGGAGCUGAAGCCCCAGAAGUGCUCAGGGACGGGCCAUGGCCGUACAGCGACAUGACGGCGCCCGCGGAGGAGGUUGCUCCAGGAAGUGCAGACGGUUGGUGAAGGCUGUGGUUUCAGGGAGCUCAUCUUUCGUCCUGAAAAGGGGACUUAGGAUGUUGGUGGUACAUGGUCUGACAGUGGGAUGGCUUGUGGAUCAUCUCUCUUUCAUCAGCCAGUGUGGCUAUGAGAUCUGUGACUCCUUUGCACACGCUGGUGGUGUCACUCACAGUACUUCUGUCACAUCUACUGAAGACUGUUACAGUAUUUCUACUUUUGCUGCCACGCCCUCAUCAAGCGAUGGUCCUCCUUUUGAUCCGGGAGAUGCCGUAGAAGCAGAAGGUAAAAGAGCAAAAAUGAGAUACGUGUUUUGGGAGGAGUUCUUGGAUAUUUCUAAGCCCUAUAUAGCUGCAGCUUGUGAGGAGCAGCUGUGUCCUGCCCUCAGGUGAGUCUGGCAGAAGUAAAGGCCAACAGCAACAGACAGGAAUACCAAGAAGGAGCAAACAGUGACACUGGAGAUUCUCUUGCCACUGCUAGGAAGGUAUGUUCUCUGUAACAUAGUAAAUUGCAGUAAUCCCUUGAUAAAUAAUAUUCUGCUAAUAUUGUUUUGUAUACCUGAGUCUUUUGAGGUAGUGUAAAAGAGCGGGCGCUUUUGAGGAUAUUCUUGUGCCCCUCAUGUGAGUAAUGUGCAUUCUGUCUCAUAAGCAGUGGAUUGCUCCUGAGAUCUCCUGGCACUGGUUGUGGUCAGGUACACAGCCUGAAACUGUGGUAGCUGUUGAGAUUGUGCAGAUUAGCGAGUUGGGAAGGACAGUAUGAGUUUACUUUAAGUGUUGUUCAGUACUGUUCCAUAUGGACAUAAGAAAAUAAGAGUCACUUGCCUAAACCAAUAAAUGUAAUCAUAGAGAAAUAGUUAAUAUUUUUCUUUUAUUGGUAAGCUGCACUUGGCAGCUGAAACUUUUAGUAUGGGCCCAAAGGAGGCAUGAGCACAAACUGUGCACUAGGUACCUUC